CCAGCUCCACAUCUCGAUUUUCUUCCAAUUUCCAGUUUCCACAUUCCACUGUUCAAUUUUCCUACUGAUGUGGACACAUUGUCAGAUUAAUGCUGCAGCUAUCUUUUUAUGAGAAACUAUGGAAUUGAUAUUUCUGAUAACAAUUGCCGUAGCAUUACUAGUUGUGCUGCUGACGCUGUAUAUUUUCUCUCGAAAAGAAUCUUCAAAUAAAGCCGAGGCACAAAGAGCUGAGCCCCCCAACGUAGCAAGGCGAGCUCAGGUGAUACGCAAUCAGAGGAAUAGGGCUCGAGCAGCCGAACCGCAAGCAGAUGAUCGCAGAGAUAUUGAUUCUGACCACGAAGAAGACAUCCCACAUGCCAUACAGGAUUACAGUAGUGAAAAAAUUGGCGCCAAAAAGAGAGCCAAGUUGGAAGCCAAGGCCGAAAAAAAGGCUCAGAGAGAAGUAGAGUUGAAAAUUAGAGAAGAGCAAAAGAAAAAAGAUGCAUUAUUGGAGGAAGAACGAAAACGAGUAGAAGAAAAGGAAGCAGAAGAAGAAAAAAGGAGAGAAGAAACUGAGCGAAAAGCUCGCGAAGAAAUAGAACGAAAAGAACACGAAGAGUAUAUCAGGAUGAAAGAGAGCUUUUGUGUCGAAGAGGAAGGUUUCGACAAAGAAGAAGAAAAUGAUAAGCAAAACAUGCUCCAAGAAUUUAUCAAUUUCGUCAUGGAUAACAAGGUUAUAGUUCUGGAAGAUUUAGCCGUUCGUUUCAAGCUUAAAACACAGUCAGCUAUUGACAGGAUUACUGAGCUACAGAAAGAUGGUCGACUUAGUGGAGUAAUAGAUGAUAGGGGGAAAUUCAUCUAUAUAUCUGAAGAUGAACUGCGUUCUGUAGCAAAAUUUAUCAAACAACGUGGUCGUAUAGCUAUAAGCGAUCUAGCCGAAAAUAGCAGCAGUUUGAUUAAUUUAGUACCAGUUGUUUCGGGUCAGGAGCAACGUGUUUAGUUAUUAAAAUGUUGUCAUGUUAUUGAGACCAUUUUAUCCAAUCGUUGAAGAAUAAUAAAUAUAAGGCGAAUUAUUAACAUGGGAAAAGCUAGAAAUAAAUCCCACUAGGAUCAAACAGAGUUGUAGACAAG